AUGAGCUCAGAGGGAUAUUCCUCCUGUGAGGAAGACUACCUCGACCCGUUGAGAUCUCAGAUUUCGGCCUGUCUUAAUGAAAUACAUAGUGCAGGAUCUUUUUCAACAGCGGGUUACAACGUGAAUCACAUUCACCCUGGUCUAGGCGUCAAAGGCGUCGGUCCGAUCAGACUCCCAUUACUUCCUGAAGAUGCGAAUGCUCUUAUUCAAGUGAGCCGCCAGUCCACUUCUGACAAAGAGGAAAAAGCGGUUGCUCGUGAGACUGUCAGGAAGACCUGGGAGAUCGAUGGGGAAGAGUUGUCUUUCGGAAAUGAGGGCUGGAACAGCUGGCUUUAUCAAAUUGUUGUAAAAGUUCGCGAGGGCUUGGGUAUCCCUCCUUGUGCUGGAAGUAUACGCGCUGAGCUUUCCAAUUUACUCGUGUAUGAGGAGGGCGCAUUUUCCAAACCUCAGAAAAACACAGAGAUGACGCGAAACAUGUUUGGGACACUGGAGAUUUGCUUACCAUCCGAGCACGUCGGUGGCGGAGUUCGCUUGAUUCAUGGACAGGAUGAAAAGGUUCUUGAAACGCACAAGUCGUCUUCCUACGGCGUCUCUUAUUUGGCUUGGUACAAUGAUGUUUCUCAUGAGGUGUUACCAGUUCAGGCCGGGUACCGAGUCGUCUUAACAUACAAUCUCGUCAACAAUAGUACUGAACUGCAGCUUUCAGCUGCUGUACAGGAUGUUGAACAGUCCAGGAUCAAACAGAUGCUGAACAAGUGGUACUCUAUGCCAAACAGACCAGCACUGAUGUGUUACGCUCUGCAGCACGAAUAUACUAGUGCAAAACUUCAAUUUAGGCUGCCAAAACUUCGACUCAGCAGUCUAAAGGGUGACGACUAUUAUCGCUGUUGCCAGCUUGACAGCGCUUGCCGGUCUAAUGGCCGCUUCUGUGUUUUUUUGUCCACCUUGGAGAGACAUGUGAAUGUGACUGGGUCUAAGGAUGAGGACUAUGAAGAAGUUGAGGAAAGCUCUUGCUUACGCGAUAUUGUUACACUUCACGGCGACAAACUUCAAAAUACCUCGAUGCAGACAGACUGUCUCGCACGUGGGUAUGAGCAUAGUCAGCUCGUUAAGCAAUGGGCUGUUGGCCGCUUGGACGAUGAACCUUCUCAGAGCGAGCGAGUUUACCAUGAUACCGUCGCCAUCAUUGUUCCUCGGGUCUCUGCCGCGGAGAGUCUGCUUGGGCGCGGUUACACGGCUUCUGAUUACUCCGAGUUACUCAGACGACUUUGUGAUAUCCUCGAGAACUCGCACGACGACUAUGAACAUGAUCUCUUCCGCGAAAUGAUAGUCCAAACAUGCCGAAGGCAUAUUAAAAGACAAUACAACAACAAUCAGAUGAAAGAUGCUUUGAUGGGCCAAACAGCAAUAGCGUCAUUACGUAUCGGGAAAUCUGAGCUAGCGAGAGCAGCCCUCGACUCCGUGAAGCAUACCUUCGACGCGUCUACUUUCCAGGAGCUCGGCCGGCUAGGAUAUGAGGACACCAGAGACUUGUGA